CCGAUCCCGAUCCCGGUCCCGGUCCCGCUCCCAUCCCGCUCCGCUCCGGCCCGGCAGCACCAUGAGGGAGAUCGUCCACAUCCAGGCGGGGCAAUGCGGCAACCAGAUCGGCGCCAAGUUCUGGGAGGUGAUCAGCGACGAGCACGGCAUCGACCCCAGCGGCAACUACGUGGGCGACUCCGACCUGCAGCUGGAGCGCAUCAGCGUCUACUACAAUGAGGCCUCCUCUCACAAGUACGUGCCUCGCGCCAUCCUGGUGGACCUGGAGCCGGGGACGAUGGACAGCGUGCGCUCGGGCGCCUUCGGCCACCUCUUCCGCCCCGACAACUUCAUCUUCGGGCAGAGCGGGGCUGGGAACAACUGGGCCAAGGGGCACUACACAGAGGGGGCCGAGCUGGUGGACUCGGUGCUGGACGUGGUACGGAAGGAGUGCGAGAACUGCGACUGCCUGCAAGGCUUCCAGCUGACCCACUCGCUGGGCGGCGGCACCGGCUCCGGCAUGGGCACCCUCCUCAUCAGCAAGGUGCGAGAGGAGUAUCCCGACCGCAUCAUGAACACUUUCAGCGUGGUGCCGUCCCCCAAGGUGUCGGACACGGUGGUGGAGCCCUACAACGCCACGCUCUCCAUCCACCAGCUGGUGGAGAACACGGAUGAGACCUACUGCAUCGAUAACGAAGCUCUCUACGACAUCUGCUUCCGCACCCUCAAGCUGGCCACCCCCACCUACGGUGACCUCAACCACCUCGUCUCGGCCACCAUGAGCGGCGUCACCACCUCCCUCCGCUUCCCCGGUCAACUCAACGCCGACCUCCGCAAGCUGGCCGUCAACAUGGUGCCCUUCCCGCGUCUCCACUUCUUCAUGCCGGGCUUCGCCCCGCUGACGGCCCGCGGCAGCCAGCAGUACCGCGCCCUCACCGUCCCCGAGCUCACCCAGCAGAUGUUCGACGCCAAGAACAUGAUGGCCGCCUGCGACCCCCGCCACGGCCGCUACCUCACCGUGGCCACCGUCUUCCGGGGCCGCAUGUCCAUGAAGGAGGUGGACGAGCAGAUGUUGGCCAUCCAGAGCAAGAACAGCUCCUACUUCGUGGAGUGGAUCCCCAACAACGUCAAGGUGGCCGUCUGCGACAUCCCUCCCCGGGGGCUGAAGAUGUCCUCCACCUUCAUCGGCAACAGCACGGCCAUCCAGGAGCUCUUCAAGCGCAUCUCGGAGCAGUUCACGGCCAUGUUCCGCCGCAAGGCCUUCCUCCACUGGUACACGGGCGAGGGGAUGGACGAGAUGGAGUUCACCGAGGCCGAGAGCAACAUGAACGACCUGGUGUCCGAGUACCAGCAGUACCAGGACGCCACGGCCGAGGAGGAGGGCGAGAUGUACGAGGACGACGAGGAGGAGUCGGAGGCGCAGGGCGCCAAGUGAUGCCCGACGCCCCCCCCUGCCGCCCGCAGCCCCCCCCGGCUUCGCGCUGCUGCACCCCCUGGGCCCCGGCCGGGCUCCCCCCCCCCCCCGUGCGCCCCUUCGGUGUCUCCUGACCUCGUCCCCCCCCUGAGCCGGCUCGGCCCCCUGCCCCCCCACCCCGCCUCCCCCCUUUUCGUUUUUUACUGGUUCGUGUCUUAUUUUUUUUGAAUACUUAAUAAAUUUAUUGCUGUCCA